AUGGCAUGCCCCCCCGGUGGACUACCAGCUAGCCUGGUCGCAGGCAACCCCAGCGGCCGUCCCACCGUCGACACCUCUGGCUAUGGGGCUAACUAUAGCAAAAAUACCCCCACUUCCCCCGAAGACAGUCUGAUUCCAUUUGAAUCACCAUCAACACGAACUGCUGCAGGCCCAGUCACACCAGUCGAAGACGGGCGCUCGAGCCGUGGGUUAGGCCCCGAUCAGGGCGGAUAUCAUCGCGAGCGCUCGGCCCCUCGAGACCGAUCGCGAGUCAAUGGACGUCAAAACAAAUCUCCUGGUGGCUCAUCGCGCCUGUGUCAGAAGUGCGGUGAACCUCUUACCGGCCAGUUCGUUCGAGCGUUGGGCGGCACUUUCCAUUUAGAAUGUUUCAAGUGUGAAGACUGCGGCGAGAUUGUUGCUUCCAAAUUCUUCCCUAUCGACUCCGAAGAGGCGAACUGCCAAUUCCCACUGUGUGAAACCGAUUACUUUAGACGACUGGGUCUAUUAUGUCACGACUGCGGCGGCGCACUGCGAGGGUCAUACAUCACCGCAUUGGACCGGAAGUACCACAUUGAGCACUUUACUUGUUCUGUGUGUCCCACGGUUUUCGGCGCUCAAGACUCAUAUUACGAACACGAGAGCAAGGUCUACUGUCACUUCCAUUACUCUACACAAUUUGCACAGAGAUGUCAUGGGUGCCACACUGCGAUCCUGAAACAAUUUGUUGAGAUCUUCCGCAACGGCCAAAAUCAACACUGGCACCCUGAAUGUUAUAUGAUCCACAAAUUCUGGAAUGUCCGAUUAUCCCCUGCUGGUCAGACAUGGGAGCCCCCUCCAGUUGAUGAGGAUGCCAGUGAAGAAGAGCGCAAGCAGAUCCGGGACGAGGAAGACAUCAUGGAAGAGAAAGUGUUCAAUAUUUGGAACACCCUGUCCACCUUCGAAGAAUCGUCUGCUGCUUGCAUCUCAGAUAUGCUGCUCCAUGUCAGUAAUGGUGCCUAUCUCGACGGUGUCCUGGUCGCCAAACGCUUCAUCGGCCAUGUUGAAAUUCUCUUUGGCGCAGUCGAUGAACUAGCCAACUACAUCAAAUCCCACGAGUUGAAAGAACUCUCCUACGGUCGCGAAGCGAAACUGCUCUGCAAGAAGAUUGUCGCUUUCUUUGCGCUCCUCUCCAAGACUCAAGAGACCGGUGUGCGGAAGCUUGGUGUCACCCAAGAACUCCUCUCCCUCGUCACGGGUCUGGCCCAUUACCUUAAACUUCUUAUCCGCAUCGGUCUGCAAGGUGCACUAAAGCUCGAACGGGAGAAGUCUGCUCCUGAUGGCUUACACAACUUCCUUGAACACUUGCGUGAUCUAGAGUCACUUGCACAGAUGGAUGACGAGAAUGCUCCGCUUGACCUGAUGGCCGGAGUGGAGGGCCUGGCUGAUCAAUUAUCAGAUUGCUGCAUCUCCUGCAAAGAGCCAAUCGAUGACGAAUGUGUCCUGCUGGGACAGAGUCGCUGGCACAUCAAGCCACCUCAUCUGUCUUGCGUCGCUUGCGAGAAAGACUUGACCGUCGAUCUUCAGGGCGCAUUAUGGAGCGCAAGUGAAGAGAAGGCCUAUUGCGACGAUUGUGCCCAUCAGCAGAAUCUUGGAUCAGCUGUUCAAAGCGGCUUCAUUCCAGUCUCUAAACUGCAGCAGUUCAUUUUCCUGCUAAAGGUAGCCCUCGCACGGCUCCUCGCCGUACUUCGGUCCGGUGGAACCUUGCCUCAGACGUCAGACGAUCCUUCCCUCAAUGAAUACGAAAAUAAGGAUGGUCAACGAGUUAGCCCCGAGGUUCGAAGAGCCAACACCCGCUCUCAAUCGUAUACGGGUGGCUCACGCGAGGGUAUGGAAGAAUCGUCCCUCGAGCAGACUGUCGGCGAAAUGCGCCGACUGCGCUCUAUUCGCAACGAGCGAACUUUGUCUACAACCUACAAGAGGGCCCGCGCUUCCAGAAUCAUUGAUGGACCUGAGGGCAGGAGCGCUCGACCAGGGUCUUCUGGCAAUGAUGGCAGCGAUCCGAGAGGUGCUGGCUUCCAAAUUGUUGAAGAAAGGGAUGCCAACGGCGAGACUGUCACUGAUUUGACAUUUGGCACCCAAGAUGCCUUAACACUGGACGACAUCCCGCGCAUUGUCGCGGCUGAACAAGCGAAAGAGCAACGGCCCAACGCCUUUAAGCAUGCUGGGCACAAGCUUGUCGGAGGAACGGAACCAACGCUCAGGUACAACCGUGGCCACCAGCGCGAAGUAUCGAGUGGAAACUUAGAGGCACUUAUGGAGCCAACUCGGACCAAGCGAUACUUCUCAGAAUUGACCGCAUUGGAAUACUUCAUCGUUCGGCACGUUGCUGUGCUACAGAUGGAACAAUUGGUUGAAGGUCAUUUCAACAUGGAGGAGCUGCUUUCUUUGAUUGAGUCCCGCAAACCCACCAUAUGGAAUAUCUUUGGACGAGCCUUCAAGGAUGGAAAGAAGGGCGCUAAGAAGAAGGGCGUCUUCGGCGUUGAUCUCAAUUUCCUGGUUGAGAAAGAGGGCACUGAGUCAAGUCACGGUGUUGGGCCAGGUGCUCUGCGCAUUCCGACGCUUGUCGACGACUCUGUUUCCGCCAUGCGGCAAAUGGACAUGUCUGUUGAAGGUGUUUUCCGAAAGAACGGAAACAUUCGGCGACUGAAGGAUACCUCAGAACUUAUCGACACCAAGUACGAACAGGUUGAUUUGACAAAAGAAACCCCUGUACAGAUCGCAGCUCUGUUGAAGAAGUUCCUCCGCGAGAUGCCCGACCCCCUUCUCACUUUCAAGCUACACAGACUGUUUGUCAUUUCUCAAAAACUCGAGGACCCCGAGAAGUCUAGACGAUUGUUGCAUUUGACAUGCUGCUUACUUCCUAAGGCACACCGAGACACAAUGGAGGUUUUGUUCGCUUUCUUGAACUGGACAUCGUCAUUCUCGCACGUUGAUGAGGAUUCUGGAAGCAAGAUGGAUAUUCACAAUCUUGCUACUGUCAUUACACCCAACAUUCUCUACCCGAACAUCAAGACCAGCACCGUGGAAGAGAGUUUCCUCUCUAUCGAGGCUGUCAAUGCCCUGAUCACGUAUAAUGACGCUUUAUGCGAGAUUCCGGAAGAUCUGCAGUCAAUCUUAAGUGAUCCUACCUUGUUCAAGGAAAAUGCCGAAGUCACAACCAAGGAAAUACUCAAACGUUAUGGUGACAUCGCGCGGGGUAGUUUCUCGCAGAGGCCAGAAAAUGGCGGCGAGACUUUCACAAUUACUACCCCUAACCGCAAUAACAGCACACCAGCUUCCGCGCGCAUCGAAACCGACCCUUCCCAGGACGCAGCCUGGCAAAUGCAGAGUUCUGUUCGCCAUGUACCAGGACCUAGUGGCCAUGCUCACUCGUCCAGCACCAAUGCUCAGCCUGGGCUUGAUAUUGUUCCCCCUCCCAAAUCCUACCACCGCAACCGCAGUGCCAGCAAUGGUAGUCAACCAAACGCUGGACCUUCGGAAGGCCAGACACAACAAAAUGUCGCAUACCGACCGCGCCCAAGUCCAGGUGCUAUGGGCGUAACCGGCUGA